CGGUUAAUCAGGUAUUCCGAUUUUGACCCUGAAAACAAUAGCGGAUUAAUUACGAUCUGAAUGAAUGAUGUGGGUAUUUUCCAUCAUUCAAUUGCAUUUUAUGCCCCCAAAUUAGCAUGAUAAAAACGACAUGCCCCUCGAAAAGAUUAACUUCAACUUCAAACACGCGCCUUAAAAUAGCUCCAAAGAAUUUUUCAACACUGGUCGAUACAUUUCAAACAAUUCGAAAUAUUCGAUUAAAAUUUUAUUUUAAAAAUACUAGUGCUUACUAUUUUAAACUUAAAUUACAUUUUAAAUUAUAAAUUAUAUUUAACUGUUCAAAAACACAAAUAUCAAAAACAAUAUAUGUAAAUGUUGGCUGUUUUUGGGAAAAACGCUCUGCCCCAAGCUGGUAACACUGAGCCUAAAAAUAUAUGGCAAAAUGUAAAUAAAAAUAGAGCGACAGGCAGAUCUCGUUUACAAAUAGUUCUGGAAUUGGCGGUGCAAUAAAAAUGCGUAAUAACUAUUAAAAGAUACGUUUGUUCUCAUCCGAUCGUACAAAAUAGCUGGCGUAAUUUAGGCGCGAUUUGUCAAACGAAUAUUUCGAAAACGGGGAAUCCCAGGUCGGCUGUCGAGAUCGCCGAUGAUUAGAGCCAGUCGGCAUUCAGUGCACGAAAACGAAGGCGCCAUGUCCGAGGAGGAGUCGUUCGUCAUUCUGGGCAGCUCACCUCUACCUUCGCUUCUGUUCGAUGGAAUGGAGCAUAGCGAGGAGGUGAUCGAAUCAGCCGCAAUUCUUCAAUCCUCCACCAGUAAUCCCCCCCUCAGCUCUACUACGUCUGAGCCCCAGAGAUCGUUGGAGAGCGUAGGUGCCCCUCCGUCCCUGGCAACCAGUUUCAUCAUGGGUGAAGUGGACUCCGAUGUCCUUAAGAACAGUGUCUAUUCGCAGUUUCCAAGCCUAUGCUCGCUGCAGGCUUCCGCCGAGGAUGUGGUGAAGCUGCAGAAUCUGAUGAGUGAAUACCACGCAUUAAAAACCACUUUGGACAAGGUAAACCGCACGAUGCUUAACUACCACAGACUCACACAGCAGUGGCGCCAGGAAGCUACUGACCGGGAGCAACAAUACAAGGAUCAGCUACUCGAGUGCCAGAAGCAGAUGGAGAAGUUGAGCAAAGAAAACCAACAGCUUAAGCAGGAGCUCGAGACAAAAAUGGAACAGAUCGAGCUGGUGCAAAAUCUGAACCAAAAAGAACAGGACGAGUUGCGCCAAAGCGCUUCGGAGAAAAUGUCUCUGAUUAACAACAUGCGAGUGGAGAUCGACAAGCUGCAGCAGCUAAAGAUGCACUCGUUCGAAUUUGUAACUGAUGACGGACCCAAGCCGGGGCCGGAAAGCGAGAGCACGGCUCUAAAUUAUGUGCAACGGGAGGAGCACGAACGCCAGGUUCGAGAGCUAAAUCAUAAACUCUCCCAGUUGAUGGCGGAGAACCUGGAAAUCAAGGAUAUGAAAAAAACCUAUGUGGAGGAGAUUGACUGCUUGAAGGUUAACUUGACCAGCGCACAAGAGCUAAUGGACAAAAUGCAGCGGGACAUUAGUGAGUUGAAAGCCAAAGACGCGCAGAAGCAGGAAGUCAUAGCACAUCUGCAGACCCAGAACGACAUCUAUCGCAAGGACUUUGAGAUGGAGCGUGCUGACCGCGAAAAGAAUGCUGGCGAGAAGGAUCAGUAUUUGUUGGACCUAAGGGCGCUGCAGAGGCGGAACCAGGAGCUCAUCGAAGCACUGGCCGAGUCGCAUAAGAGCAGCAGUAUCAAGUCAUCGCCAGCCUCAUCCCUGAGCUCGAGUCGGCAAAGCCUACGGGAGGAACAAAGACCAGUCAGAGUCCUGGACCCCACUGGAGCUGCUGCACCAACAGCGGAAAGUAUCUUGCAAUGCCCCAUCUGCUCAAAGACUUUUAAAAGCCUAAGCGUUUUGCAAAGCCACGUUAACGAUUGCUUGGACAAGAACUAAUGACAAAUAAGAAACGUUGGAUUAUUAUAUAUAUUUUUCAUUUAUAAGCUAAAGGUCAGCUUUUUGUUUCUACGGCUAUUUCAUUAUACAAAAACACCCACACUAUGUUACAAUUACAAAUAACAUUAAACAGAUUACUGAAAA